CUGCCUACGCAAUAGUUGUCCUUUUCAAUCCCUAGUACAACGUAUCACUUUCGCAUACAUCCUGCAGGGACUACAAAUAGAAUACAUAGGGGGGAUAAAAAUUACAUGCAGAGCGACAUACUUCUUGAUUUUCGCUUUCAAACUUGGAGCCGACGACGUUCAGUUUCAUACAUGGUUAUAAUUAUCCCGGUUGGAAAAAAAAGGGCGAGACAUAUUAGCG